AUGUCUUCAAGAAAAACUGUGAAUCUGGGAGCCCCGAAGCUUUUCCCAACUUUACUAUAUAUAAAGGAUCACAGUAAGUUCAAAUUAUUCAAGAUCCAAUAUUUUAUAUGUUCAGUUUCAAUGAGUUUAAUGUGAAUAUUAUACAGAAAUUAGGACCUCCUAAAAUAAUAUCCAAAUAUUCUAAACUUUCAAAUACGCUAAUAAUUAUAAUAAUAAUAAAAAUAAUAAUAAUUGUAAAAUAUACAGGGUUCCUUUUUUGUCUUAGACCAAAAUAACAUUUUGCAAACUGAUUUUAAAAUAUAACUAGUUUGGGGGAGUUUUAGGUUCAUAAUAAUUCGUAUUAGUUUAAUAACAUUUUAAAUUAAUUAAACUUGUAACUAUUAUUCAAAUUAAAAAGACAGGAAUUCUGACUGCAAAAUUCACACACACGUAUAGCAACUAAAGUUGUAUAUUUAAUAAAAUGUAUAUAAUGAAAGUAUUGAUUGUAAUUGUUUUUUUUAAUUUAAUUAAAUGGGGAAAAAUAUGCAAAAAUUAUCUCUCGACCCCAGCAACUUCCAGUAGAAAACCUCAGCAUAUAUUAAUAUUUUCUAAUUAAUCAUCUCAAUAUUUACACUUUUUUUUCUGUAAAAUCUGUAUUUUUAUCGAAUCCAAUAUGUAUCCAUAUCACACAUGUAUCUAAAACUAUUGUUUUAUCAUAAGAUUGUAUUUCCUAACUUAAAAAGUAAAAAUUAGCAUCUAAAAAAAUCUGUGCAGAAUAUUAGUAAUUAUAACGAUAAACUGCAGUUGUUUAAUUUCAUAGUAAAAUCUGUGCAAAUCCACAGAGAGAUCCAUCCCCACUGCUCAGCCCAAACUGGAAAUCGUCACGUGUUAAAUAAAAAUAAACAUAUAUUAUACAGAGCUACACAAUACAUGACCAUUUAUUGAUUUUUUUAAAUUUUUGUUUAUUUUUUUAUUAUUAGUUUGAAGUGAAAUUUAGUUGCAAUAUUUGCAGAAUUCCUUGUGUUAUUGUUUGUGAAAUAUCAAUAACGGAAAUGAAAUUAAAAAUAUAUAUAAUUUGACUUUGUAUUUAUUUGCUUCAGAAUAUAUAACUGUAAUAUCAAGGUUUUACCAUUUUAUUUUAUCCACUAAUUUACUUAACUUUCCUCUUUCAAUUAUCUAAGGAGUUGCAGUGAAAGUUAGAAGCAGCAGAUAUGGGAACGUUCUCUAAUCCAGCUAGAGGUACAGCCUGGGUAUAUUAUCACACUGUGUCAUUAGAUUAUCCAUUUACUUCGAUUUGAUGUUUAGUUAAUUAUCCCCACACACUUACAUAGACCUUUUCCAUCAAACUGAUAUUUAUUCUAAAUUAUAUUGGGGUGUAUAUCUAUUUAUAAACACAGACUUUUAUCUGUAUAUUUUCCCCAUUAAACUAAAAUGUUAAAAAUGCACAAAAAACACGUUUGAGCCAAGUAGGACCCCUGUAGCUUCCAUGGCUCUGUAGUUGGGGGUUUGUAUUUAUUUACCCCUCUCUUGUUACAAUCUUAUCAAGUACUUGCUGAGCCAAUGCUAACUAUUCUGAAUAAAUUAAUUACCAGUAGGCCAGCUUGCUCUGUGCACUAAUUAACCCACUCUGAUUAGCCCUAAUGAGGGCAUUAGAUGAUAAUGCUCUCUAUGCGAUUCAUACAAGGAACAGUUUAAUUUUUAUUUUAUUUAAUAACAUUCUUUUAACAGUACUGCUAAUAAAAUCCGAAAACCAUUAAACGUUAUAAAAUAGCAAGGUUAAAUUGGAGGAUUAUAUAUAGCUAUUUCUAAUCAGUAUGUGAUAAAAAGGACACAAUACAAUUUAUCUCACAUUGUAAUCAUUGGAUUCGCCAUACACAUAGUUAGAUCGAUCUAAAUCUGUCAACAUGCUCACAUCCCAAAUUCUCAUUUUAUAAAUAAAUUAAGAAACUCCUCUAUACCUGGAAGAGAUCAGUAUUAAAACACAAACACUACGAACGAGGAAAUGCCAGGACCAUGUUUCUAGAAAAAAUACAAAAGAAAUUGAUAUUUUAUAAAUUAAAGUGUGAAAAUGUUCCACAAUACGCUGGCUUUAUCAUAAUGUAAAUACCACUAGCAGAAGAUCCAGCCAAUUUAAAGAUCUUUCUUUGUGAUGAAUGAAUGUAACGAUAUUAAUAUUAUUGGAAUAUUACUGAGCCUGUAACAUAAUAACAAAAUAACACAAACAAGGCUUUCAUUACUUGUAAUUGUUUGAUUCCACUAGCUGUGUAUUCAGCUCCCCUCACUGUAUAAUAACACUUGCUACAAUAUAUGCUGGGAUUCUGGACUGGGAGUUUAAAUCUCGUUUUGCUCCUUAAAGUUUAAACACACCAUAUUUGGAAAAGAGAAAAAAAAAAGGAAAAAAGUGAGGAAAAAAAAAAAGAGUACUUUCACAACAUGUGUAGGGUUCUGGGGAAGCAGUGUCUGCCUGCUGAUUGGCUAACAGAUAAUCAUACUGGCUCCAGAUUGGAUGAAAGUUUGGGAAGGGGGUGUGGGCUGUGGGCAGUAAAAGCUAAGCUCACUGAAAAAAAAGUUUAGGAAGUUCUGCCUAGCUGGGAUAGAAGGCUGCAUUGGAGAGACCAGGGGAGCUGGAACUGCAGCCACAAUUCUCUGGCCUUCCUGGUCUAUGUGCCCUUUGGUGUCCUGGGCCUGAGUUUUAUUGAGUGAGAGUUUGCUGGACAAGAGGAUGCAGAAGUAUAGCUGAGGACUGGACAGAGUGAUUGUGAUUGAGUCUACCUCUCCUCCCUCAGGGGGAAGCUUGCACUCUGUCACCUUCGCCUCUGUGGAGUGGCAGUCUCCUUCCUCAGCCCCAAUGAUGCAAGCUCGCUACUCUGUGGCUGACCCCAAUGCUCUGGGGGUUGUGCCCUACCUGAGUGAGCAGAACUACUACAGAACAGCUGGGACUUACAGCAGCAUGGCCACCCCAAUGAGUGUUUACCCUGGCCACGAGCAGUACACUCCAGGGAUGGGAAGGUCCUAUGGACCCUACCACCACCACCAGCCAACAGCACCCAAGGACCUGGUGAAACCCCCCUACAGUUACAUUGCACUCAUCACCAUGGCCAUUCAGAACGCCCCUGAGAAGAAGAUCACCCUAAAUGGGAUUUAUCAAUUCAUUAUGGAUCGAUUUCCUUUUUACCGAGAGAACAAGCAGGGUUGGCAGAACAGCAUCAGGCAUAACCUGUCCCUCAAUGAGUGCUUUGUCAAGGUGCCCAGGGACGAUAAGAAACCUGGCAAAGGCAGCUACUGGACCCUGGACCCUGACUCCUACAACAUGUUCGAGAAUGGCAGCUUCCUCAGGAGGAGGAGGAGGUUCAAGAAGAAGGAUGUCUGCAAAGACAAGGAUGAAAGGCACAUCAAGGACCAGGGCAAGCUUCAAAGCUCCAUCUCCAGCAUGGACAUGGCCAAGGACCUCGGCCACGAGAAGAAGAUCGUCAUCAAGAGCGAAUCCCCCGAGCUGCCGGUGAUUACCAAGGUGGAAAACGUCAGCCCUGGGGGUGGCAGUGCCAUGCAGGACAGUCCUAGGAGUGUGGCAUCUACUCCAUCGGUGUCCACAGAGAGCUCCCUCCCUGAGCACCACCCAGCCAGCAACGGGCUCUCAGGGUUCAGUGUGGAGAACAUCAUGACCUUAAGGACUUCUCCUCAUGGGGAGAUCAGCCCUGUGCCAGCUGUACCUUGCAGGACGGGCAUGGUGCCCUCAUUGCCUAUAAACUAUGCUCAGACUCAGCCCUCUCUGUACAGCCAGGCGUGCACCCAAGGAAUGGACACUAGUGGGAGCUAUCAGUGCAGUAUGAGAGCCAUGAGCCUAUACACAGGUGACAGGCCAAGCCACAUGUGUGUCCCCACCUCACUGGAAGAGACCAUCUCAGACCAUCACAAUGGUACAACGUCCCCAUUAAAUUCCAUGAGCCUUGGCACAAACCAGGAUAGUGUCCUAACCUCCAGCCACCACCAGCAGAGUGGGUCCACUGGACAGGCUGCCUCCUGGUACCUGAACCACAGUGCAGACCUCAGCCACCUCUCUGGGCACACCUUUGGGUCCCAGCAACCGACUUUCACAAAUGUCAGAGAAAUGUUUAACUCUCAGCGCCUGGGCAUUGAAAGCUCAGCCCUCAGUGAGCAUCAGGUGAGCGGUAACAACAGCUGUCAGAUACCCUAUAGAUCGUCUCCCUCCAUAUACCGACAUGCCACCCCCUACCCUUAUGACUGCACUAAGUAUUGACGUAAACCAGCUUGUUCGGACUGGCUUAAGUGACAAUAAAAAACACCUUAAACAGUUACAAACAAAACCAAAGGGUUCUUCUUAAGAACAAAGGAACAGCUGGCAAGCCAUUGACUUUGGUAAAUAUAUAAAAUAUAUAUUAUACAGAUAGCUAUAUCAUGUUUAACAAGUAAGACGUACUUGAAUAAAAUGAAGAUUAUUUAAUUAAAAAAAAAACUAGCCAUAAAAUAUACAAAAUAAAUAAAUAAAUAAAAUCGUCAGAUCUGUGCCAAAAUGUGUGAUCUGGAAUGAAAAGUAAGGACCAACCGUUACAGACCGUGUGAUGUGAAAAAAUACUAUACAUUUCUCAUAUUGUUUUCUGUAAAUUGUGUGAAACAGGCUGAAAUUCAGAAUCAUUAAUUAUAAUAUUUAAAGUUGAGUUCACUGGAUUUAUUGUUUAAUUGUUGCCAGCAAGUUUCUGAUUGCCAAACUGAAAACAAACAAACAACAUAGUGCUUUAUUCAUCCUUCUGUAUAAAUAUUAGCGAUAGGAUUUCUUACACAGUUUAUAUUUUCCAUUUUUUUCCUAUUCAUAAAUGAGAUUAUUUAUUUUUUCCCUCUUUCGGUGGGACAGAAAUGUUAAUUCUUUCGUUGUAAUUGUGCAGUCUGUUUCUGAGCAUUCCUGGCCACUUCUGUUCGUGUUAUUCGUUGUGUUUGUGGUCCCAACUAUUUGUAUUUUACAAUAAACAGUCGCUGUGUUACAGCUUAAAUAUUGUUACAACUCUGUGUGUUCUUUUGGUUAAAUUAUUUCAAACGAUCUGACAUCUUAAUAAACACAAUUCGUAUCAACUGUAUCGUUAUUGUUUAAUGGCAUUCGAUACAAAUUAAUUAACAAACAAUAUUGAUGUAAAUAAAUAAACAAACGCACAACAGCCUCAUGUAAUACACACUAAGGUGGUGGAGAAUUAUUUCUCUAAGUUCUCAAUAUUAUGAUAUAAUUUAUAUACACAUUGGAUCACUUUGCAGAGUUAUCUGAAUGAUAGAAUGUGUACUAACCUAUGGAGAAAGAUGCUUUCGUUUUAUUAUAUAAUAAAAUGAUAAAUAUUAUUAAUUUGUCCUACUUUCAAUCUGUUUAGUAAUAGUGUGAUGGUUUAAUCAGUCCAAUAAUAACACUGGUGAAUAAGGUAGAUCCAGGGUCCAUCUGUCAGUACGAGGAAGCGGACUAACACCGUGGGAGUGAAUUGCUCUAUAUUUGGAUAUAAAUUGAAACAAUGAUUUGCUCCGAGUUGUGGCUUUAAAUACAGCAUUCAAUACACAAUGUAAUGUGAUGGAUACAAGGCAGAGAGGUCAGGUGAGUGUGUUCAACGAAUAAAAUCUUUCAUUUUCUGGAAAACGGAUCUAUUUCUAAUCAAAUGGUUUCAUAUAUGUUUGAAUGGCUAAACUCUGUUUAUUUCUUAUUAAUUCAAUGAUUUCCACGGACAAGCGGUGUAGAUAUUGCGUUUAGCAUCCUAUAGAUUAUUGUGAUAUAUUUCUGGGUUAUUAAGGAAUUGCCUUUUCUGAAGAUAUCUGUCAGUCACUGUGUAUAUUCGUUGUAUGAGCCCUGAAUGGGUUAAUAGAACCCCAUCUGCACAGUUGGGUAAGGCCACCUGUCUGGGUGUAACGAGAAUUCAUUUUAAACAACAUUCUGGGACAACGUUCUAAAAGUAGCGCAAUCAGCGGGAACAUUCUAUUGGUUGCCAUGGUGACUGCUCCAUAUUUACAAUUUAGAAUGUUGUCCAGGAUUACUCGCAGUAAAGUGAUAAAGCUGUUAAUCUCCCCCUGGACAGACCGGAUAGUGAUAUUUAACACGGUUUCACUGUACAUGUAUGUAAUAUGUGCAACAUGUCUAAAUCCUCUCUAAGGGGAUCGCAGCCAACGAGAAACCCUUAUUCUGUGUGUUCCAUUAUAUAACAGCACUUAUUGUGAACAUGCAAUAUUGUGAUUAGAAAGGGUAAUAAUAAGAUAUUCAGGGAGCAGUCAUGGUACACAGUGUGUGCGUAGUGAUAUGUCAGUUUGUAUUUAUUAUUGAUACAUUGACUAUAACGAAAUACAAAUUACACAGAUAUAGUGAGAUGGCUACAGUGUGACAUCUAAUAUUAGAACGGUCCUCCUGUCAUUCCAUGGAUUGCAAACAAUAUAUUGAUUUUAUUCAAAUAAACCAGGAGGGGAGGGGGCAACCCCUGAAAUAAACUGUUACAGGCCUAAACUUUACAGGAGACCUUACCAGCCCUGUACUACAACUCCCAGAAUAGUUUACUAACCUAUGGCUGGCUGAGAUUUGUGGAAGCUGGGGGCAGUAGAGUAACACAGUAAUGUCAAGGCGUGCGCUAUAUAGAGUGUAAGCUCUUCGGGGCAGGGCUCUCUACGCUGUGUGUGUGUGAAUUAUUCAUGUUACAAGUGAUUGGUAUGUUCUGUCUGCCCAUUGCUAUGAUUCCUGUUAAAAAGGCAACAUAAUCCAGAGCGCAGUACAAGGGUGACUGAAAUAACUGCAACAAACGACAUGUGACUUUAAGGGGUCUGUUCAACUGAGUUUAUAAUCUAAUAGAUAUGGUGGCAGUGUAUAAAUAAAAUAACAGUGAUUAUCUCUAAUCUGCAUUAUUUAUUGCAGAAUGAAUGGAAAACCGUCACAGCUGCUAAAAUUGUAUAAAACGAUUGUCUGUCUGUUUGUCUGUCUGCCAAUGGUAUUAAUUAAAAAUCUACUUUUCUAAAUGCAUCAAUUGUGAGUGGAGACAGGGCUAUUCAAUAAAGUGAGAAUUUAAAGCGAUUGUCACAUUUAAGGUCAAAGUAACCGAAUUCGAAACAUGGGUUGCCGGCUAUGCUCUCAGUUCGGCUUUUCUCUAUUUCAAUUUAAAAUUCUCUUUAGAAAAUAGCCGUGGAGAUUGAUGCGAAUUAACCUGCUGAACAAACUUUAAAUGGUUUAUUCACGAAACAGUGUGAAAUGUGGAGAAUUUGUAAAAAAAAAUUAAAAAUAAAAAAAAUUGUAUAUCACACAUUUUGUCCUAAAAUCUCUAAACUGGCUAUUAUAUUUAUUGUCCACUGACUAUAUGUAUAUUAUCAAUCCGAAUAUUCAUUGUCCACUGACUGUAUAUAUUACAUUAUUCUGGAUAUUCAUUGUCCACUGACUGUAUAUAUAUUAAUCUAGAUAUUCAUAGUCCACUGACUGUACAUAUUAUACUAAUCGAGAUAUUCAUUGUCCACUGACUAUAUAUUAUAUAUAUUACAUCGAUCUGAAUAUUUAUUGUCCACUGACUGUACAUAUAUUAUAUUACAUUAUAUUAAUCUGGAUAUUCAUUGUCCAUUGACUGUACAUAUUAUAUUAAUCUAGAUAUUCAAUGUCCACUGACUGUACAUAUUAUAUUAAUCUAGAUAUUUAUUGUCCACUGACUGUAUAAUUUAUAUUAAUCUGGAUAUUCAUUGUCCACUGAAUGUAUAUAUUAUACUAAUCUAGAUAUUCAUUGUCCACUGACUAUUUAUUAUAUAUAUUACAACAAUCUGAAUAUUCAUUGUCCACUGACUGUACAUAUAUUAUAUUAAUCUGGAUAUUCAUUGUCCAUUGACUGUAUACAUUAUAUUAAUCUAGAUAUCCAUUGUCCACUGACUGUAUAUAUUAUAUUAAUCUAUAUAUUCAAUGUCCACUGACUGUAUAUAUAUUAUAAUAAUCUAGAUAUUCAUUGCCCACUGACUGUACAUAUAUUAGAUUAUAUUAAUCUGGAUAUUCAAUGUCCACUGACUGUAUAUAUUAUAUUAAUCUAGAUAUCCAUUGUCCACUGAUUUUACAUAUUACAUUAUUCUGGAUAUUGAUUGUGCACUAACUGUAUAUAUUAGAUUAAUCUGGAUAUUCAUUGUCCACUGACUGUAUAUAUUAUAUUAAUUUGGAUAUUCCGUGUCCACUGAUUGUCUAUAUUAUAUUAAUCUAGAUAUUCAAUGUCCACUGACUGUACAUAUUAUAUUAAUCUUGAUAUUCAAUGUCCACUGACAGUAUAUAUUAUAUUAAUCUAGAUAUUCAGUGUCCUGUGACUGUACAUAUUAUAUAUUAAUCUAGAUAUUCAGUGUCCAGUGACUAUAUUAUAUUAAUCUGGAUAUUCAUUGUCCACUGACUGUAUAUAUUAUAUUAAUUUGGAUAUUCAGUGUCCACUGAUUGUCUAUAUUAUAUUAAUCUAGAUAUUCAUUGUACACUGACUGUACAUAUUAUAUUAAUCUAGAUAUUCAAUAUCCACUGGCUAUAUAUAUAUAUAUUAUAUUAAUCUGGGUAUUCAGUGUCCUGUGACUAUAUUAUAUUAAUCUAGAUAUUCAGUGUCCAGUGACUGUACAUAUAAUAUAUUUAGAUAUUCAGUGUCCAGUGACUAUAUUAUAUUAAUCUGGAUAUUCAUUGUCCACUGACUGUACAUAUUAUAUUAAUCUGGAAAUAAUUAUUGUCCAUUGACUGUAUAUAUUAUAUUAAUCUGGAUAGUCAUUGUCCACUGACUAUAUAUAUUAUAUUAAUCUGGAUAUUCAGUUUCUGGUGACUGUACAUAUUAUAUAUUAAUCUGGAUAUUCAGUGUCCACUGACUGUAUAUAUUAUAUUAAACUAGAUAUUAAUUGUCCACUGACUGUAUUUAUAUUAUAAUAUAUUAAUCUGGAUACUUAUUGUCCACUGACUAUAUAUAUUAUAUUAAUCUGGAUAUUCAUUGUCCACUGACUGUAUAUAUUAUAUUAAUCUAGAUAUUCAUUGUCCACUGACUGUAGAUAUUACAUUAUUCUGGAUAUUCAUUGUGCACUGACUGUAUAUAUUAUAUUAAUCUGUAUAUUCACUGUCCACUGACUGUACGUAUUCUAUUAAUCUAGAUAUUUAUUGUCCAUUGACUAUAUAUAAUAUUAAUCUAGAUAUUCAGUUUCCUGUGACUAUAAAUAUUAUAUUAAUCUAGAUAUUCAAUGUCCACUGACUGUAUAUAUUAUAUUAAUCUGGGUAUUCAGUUUCCUGUGACUAUAUUAUAUUAAUCUAGAUAUUCAGUGUCCAGUGACUGUACAUUUUAUAUAUUAAUUUAGAUAUUCAGUGUACAGUGACUAUGUUAAAUUAAUCUGGAUAGUCAUUGUCCACUGACUAUAUAUAUUAUAUUAAUCUGGAUAUUCAGUUUCCGGUGACUGUACAUAUUAUAUUAAUCUGGAUAUUCAGUUUCCGGUGACCGUACAUAUUAUAUUAAUCUGGAUAUUCAUUGUCCACUGACUGUAUAUAUUAGAUUAAUCUGGAUAGUCAUUGUCCACUGACUAUAUAUAUAUUAUAUUAAUCUGGAUAUUCAGUUUCCGGUGACUGUACAUAUUAUAUUAAUCUGGAUAUUCAGUUUCCGGUGACCGUACAUAUUAUAUUAAUCUGGAUAUUCAUUGUCCACUGACUGUAUAUAUUAUAAUAUACUAAUCUGGAUACUUAUUGUCCACUGACUAUAUAUAUUAAUCUGGAUAUUCAUUGUCCACUGACUGUAUAUAUUAUAUUAAUCUAGAUGUUCAUUGUCCACUGACUGUAGAUAUUACAUUAUUCUGGAUAUUGAUUGUGCACUAACUGUAUAUAUUAGAUUAAUCUGGAUAUUCAUUGUCCACUGACUGUAUAUAUUAUAUUAUAAUAUAUUAAUCUGGAUACUUAUUGUCCACUGACUAUACAUGUUGUAUUAAUCUGGAUAGUCAUUGUCCACUGACUAUAUAUAUUAUAUUAAUCUGGAUAUUCAGUUUCCGGUGACUGUACAUAUUAUAUUAAUCUGGAUAUUCAGUGUCCACUGACUGUAUAUAUUAUAUUAAUCUGGAUAUUCAUUGUCCACUGACUGUAUAUAUUAUAAUAUACUAAUCUGGAUACUUAUUGUCCACUGACUAUAUAUAUUAAUCUGGAUAUUCAUUGUCCACUGACUGUAUAUAUUAUAUUAAUUUGGAUAUUCAGUGUCCACUGAUUGUCUAUAUUAUAUUAAUCUAGAUAUUCAUUGUACACUGACUGUACAUAUUAUAUUAAUCUAGAUAUUCAAUAUCCACUGGCUAUAUAUAUAUAUAUUAUAUUAAUCUGGGUAUUCAGUGUCCUGUGACUAUAUUAUAUUAAUCUAGAUAUUCAGUGUCCAGUGACUGUACAUAUAAUAUAUUUAGAUAUUCAGUGUCCAGUGACUAUAUUAUAUUAAUCUGGAUAUUCAUUGUCCACUGACUGUACAUAUUAUAUUAAUCUGGAAAUAAUUAUUGUCCAUUGACUGUAUAUAUUAUAUUAAUCUGGAUAGUCAUUGUCCACUGACUAUAUAUAUUAUAUUAAUCUGGAUAUUCAGUUUCUGGUGACUGUACAUAUUAUAUAUUAAUCUGGAUAUUCAGUGUCCACUGACUGUAUAUAUUAUAUUAAACUAGAUAUUAAUUGUCCACUGACUGUAUUUAUAUUAUAAUAUAUUAAUCUGGAUACUUAUUGUCCACUGACUAUAUAUAUUAUAUUAAUCUGGAUAUUCAUUGUCCACUGACUGUAUAUAUUAUAUUAAUCUAGAUAUUCAUUGUCCACUGACUGUAGAUAUUACAUUAUUCUGGAUAUUCAUUGUGCACUGACUGUAUAUAUUAUAUUAAUCUGUAUAUUCACUGUCCACUGACUGUACGUAUUCUAUUAAUCUAGAUAUUUAUUGUCCAUUGACUAUAUAUAAUAUUAAUCUAGAUAUUCAGUUUCCUGUGACUAUAAAUAUUAUAUUAAUCUAGAUAUUCAAUGUCCACUGACUGUAUAUAUUAUAUUAAUCUGGGUAUUCAGUUUCCUGUGACUAUAUUAUAUUACCUAGAUAUUCAGUGUCCAGUGACUGUACAUUUAUAUAUUAAUUUAGAUAUUCAGUGUACAGUGACUACAGCAAUUAAUUCGAUAGUCAUUAACUACUGACUAUAUAUAUAUAUUAAUUCGAUAUUCAGUUUCCGUGAUCAGCAUUAUAUUAAUCUGAUAUUCAGUUUCCGGUGACCGUAUAUAUUAUAUUAAUCUGGAUAUUCAUUGUCCACUGACUGUAUAUAUUAGAUUAAUCUGGAUAGUCAUUGUCCACUGACUAUAUAUAUUAUAUUAAUCUGGAUAUUCAGUUUCCGGUGACUGUACAUAUUAUAUUAAUCUGGAUAUUCAGUUUCCGGUGACCGUACAUAUUAUAUUAAUCUGGAUAUUCAUUGUCCACUGACUGUAUAUAUUAUAAUAUACUAAUCUGGAUACUUAUUGUCCACUGACUAUAUAUAUUAAUCUGGAUAUUCAUUGUCCACUGACUGUAUAUAUUAUAUUAAUCUAGAUGUUCAUUGUCCACUGACUGUAGAUAUUACAUUAUUCUGGAUAUUGAUUGUGCACUAACUGUAUAUAUUAGAUUAAUCUGGAUAUUCAUUGUCCACUGACUGUAUAUAUUAUAUUAUAAUAUAUUAAUCUGGAUACUUAUUGUCCACUGACUAUACAUGUUGUAUUAAUCUGGAUAGUCAUUGUCCACUGACUAUAUAUAUUAUAUUAAUCUGGAUAUUCAGUUUCCGGUGACUGUACAUAUUAUAUUAAUCUGGAUAUUCAGUGUCCACUGACUGUAUAUAUUAUAUUAAUCUGGAUAUUCAUUGUCCACUGACUGUAUAUAUUAUAAUAUACUAAUCUGGAUACUUAUUGUCCACUGACUAUAUAUAUUAAUCUGGAUAUUCAUUGUCCACUGACUGUAUAUAUUAUAUUAAUCUAGAUGUUCAUUGUCCACUGACUGUAGAUAUUACAUUAUUCUGGAUAUUGAUUGUGCACUAACUGUAUAUAUUAGAUUAAUCUGGAUAUUCAUUGUCCACUGACUGUAUAUAUUAUAUUAUAAUAUAUUAAUCUGGAUACUUAUUGUCCACUGACUAUAUAUGUUGUAUUAAUCUGGAUAUUCAAUGUCCACUGACUGUAUAUAUUAGAUUAAUCUGGAUAGUCAUUGUCCACUGACUAUAUAUAUUAUAUUAAUCUGGAUAUUCAGUUUCCGGUGACUGUACAUAUUAUAUUAAUCUGGAUAUUCAGUGUCCACUGACUGUAUAUAUUAUAUUAAUCUGGAUAUUCAGUGUCCACUGACUGUACAUAUUAUAUAUUAAUUUAGAUAUUCAGUGUCCAGUGACUAUGUUAUAUUAAUCUGGAUAUUCAGUGUCCUGUGACUAUAUUAUAUUAAUCUGGAUAUUCAAUGCUUUGUUGUAUAUUGCAUGUUUUGUUGCUGUAUGAUAUGUAUCUACCAAGUGAUAUUAUGUGUACAUUGCUGUAUAGUGGACAGGGGCGGACUGACCACUCGGGCACUUCGGUCAUGGACCGAGGGCCCGAGGCAGUCAGGGGCCCGGCAGCACAGCCUUGUUCCAGCUGGAGAGAUCAGAGAUCUCUCCAACUGGAACAGCAAAAAAUAAUAAAAUAAAACUUUUUAAUUGAUAGGUUGUGGGGCCCCUGAUGCAGCACGGGGCCCCACAACCUACCGCUCUGCUAGUCACACCUCCCCCCCCCAUGGAGACCUGGCAGCUUCACCUCCUCCCUGCCAGGUCUCCGGCUUCCUCUCCCAUGCGGCUCUGUGUGAUGGGAGAGGCGGGGCCAGGAAGUGACAUCACUUCCUGUUUACUCCUCUCACACAGAGCCCAGCGAGGGGAAGGAGCAGCAGCCGGGGAGAGAAGAGGGAGCAGAGAUGCAGGUAGGCACCAACCACCCCCUCCCCCCCCCCUCACUGUCACUAGUCAGUCCCCUCCCCCACUGUCACUAGUCACCCACUCCCUCACUCUGUCACCAGUCACCCCCACUCACUGUGUCUCCCCCUCACUCUGCCACCACUCAACCCCUCCCUCCCUCACUCUGCCACCAGGUACCCCCUCACUCUGCCACCUGUCACAACCUCCCACACUCUUCCACCUGUCACCUUCUCCCUCACACACUCUGUCACCUGUCACAUAUGCAUUCACACAGACACUAUAUACAAAAAAGCACAUGUAGUCAUCCAGACAUGCACAAGUGCAUUCACACAGACUCAAAUACAAACAUGCAUUGAUACACGGGUCUUCACAAUACACACAUCCAAAGGAAUGCCGUAUUAUGAAUUAUAUUUAACAUUUAUUAAAAUGCACAUAUAUUUGGCCUUCAAAGGGCCUGGGAUCUAAUUUUGCCCGGGGGCCCCAAAGGCUCUCAGUCCGCCCCUGAUAGUGGAUAUAUAAUGAUAGUAUGUGUACAUUGCUGUAUAAUAGAUAUAUAGUGAUAUUAUGUGUACAUUGCUGUAUAAUAGAUAUGCCCUCUCUAGAUACCAAUAUAAGCCUGGUGGGUGGGGGUGGAGGGAGGGGGUAAAACAGAUCUGUUCACUAUUUUUAAAUUGACUCUCAAAUUCAAGGUAACAAAAAGCCGAAGUUGAAACUUCUGACACAGGGCUAUUUACUAACGUGAGAAUUCAAAGAGUCCAAACAGGAAGUAAAGCUGACUGAGGAAAAUGUCCUAUUUCGGCUACUAUGCCCUUAAAUGUGAAAUUCUGUUUGUAUUCUGACUUUACAGAGUAGCCUGAUACAGAGGCACAUAGUCUGAACUGGUAAGAUCAUUGAGCAGGGCCCUCCACCUCUCUGUUCCUGUACGUCCAGUUGUCUGGUUACAAUUACAUGUCUGUUAGUCCACCCAUUGUACAGGGCUACGGAAUCUGAUGGCGCUAUAUAAAUAAUAAAAUAAUAAUAAUUGGAAGAAGGAGAUAAUCUGUAUCAUUCCACCAAUCGCUGUCCAAUAGCAGUCAUGCCAUACUGUCCGCUGAUUCCACAUGGCAUUGAGACAGGCACUAAUAUCCCAUAUAUAUUUGGUUAUAUCCAGGGAAUUCACAUUAUACCGAUGGGAUUAUCAGUAAUUUACCUAUAACGCAUCAUUAAUGCCAGAAAUCGCAGUGUGUGUAUGUACAUAUUUUAUAUAUUGUGAUUUCUGAUGCUCAGCUAUCCAGCAAUCAGCCUGCCUCCUGACUAAAUAUAAUAAAUAAUAAGGUUACAGCUUUGGGAUUAUUAAUUAAUUAAUAGUGAGAAUAGAAUUAGAAGAAUGUGUUCAUAUUGUGAACUAAUGCCUUUCCUUGCAAUGUGAGCUGUUAUAAGGCAAUGUUCUAACUGAGCAGCAGUCACCAUGGUAUUAUAUCCCCAAGUCACCAUUAACCAGCUGCAUGCCAGGCAGUGUAUGGUUAACUCAUCCCUCAUCAGUGGGGCCUGCCUGCAUUGGAAUAACAGUUCACCUGUUUGUUACGAUUGUUAACCUGUGCACCCUGCAAAAUCUGAGUUAUUUUCUACUUUCUUAGCUAUAACCCUUUCUAAAGGCAUCACAAAAGAGCAGGUUUCAUUGCUGGUUUCAUUGCUGCUGGAGACACAUCCACACACAUCCACACACAGUACAUAACCACAAACAGUAUACACACACACACACACACAAUAUACAUAUAUCCACACACAGUACAUAACCACACACGGUAUACACACACAGUAUACAGCCACAAACAGUAUACACACACACAAACACACACACACACAAUAUACAUAUAUACACACACAUUAUAUAUCCAUAAAUACACACAGUAUAUACCCACACACACGGUAUACAUACACACAGUAUAUUAUACAUAUAUCUAUAUCUAUAUAUAUAUAUAUAUAUAUAUAUAUAUAUACACACACACACACACACACAGUACAUAUACAUACACACACAGUAUAUAUCCACACACACAGUAUAUAUACAUACACACACAGUAUAUAUCCACACACACACACACAGUAUAAAUCCAAACACACACAGUAUAAAUCCAAACACACACAGUAUAUAACUACACACACAGCAUAUAUCCACACACCGUAUAUAACUACACACACAGUAUACAUCCACAAACACAGUAUACAUACAUACAUACACAAAUACACAUAGUAUAUAUACACACGCACAAUAUACAUACAUACACACAGUAUAUUUCCACACAGUCACACAGAGUAUAUAUACAUACAUACACAUAUACACAUACACACACAUAUACACACGCACAAUAUACAUACAUACACAUACACACACACAAUAUAUAGCAACACACACAGUAUAUAUACACACACAUAUCCACACACAGUAUACACACACACACAAUAUAUAUCCACACACAGUAUACCCCCCCACACACACACAAUAUAUCCACACACAGUAUACCCCCCACACACAAUAUACACACACAGUAUAUAUCCACACACACAGUAUAUACCUACACACACAGUAUACACACACACACACAGUAUAUACACACAAACACACAGUAUAUACCCACACACGGUAUAUAUACACACACGGUAUAUAUCCACACACACAGUAUAUACCCACACACACAGUAUAUACCCCCACACACACAGUACACACACACAGUAUAUAUACACAAACACAGUAUAUACCCACACACACACACACAGUAGAUAUCCACACACACGGUAUAUACCCACACACGCACAGUAUAUAUCCACAAACACAGUAUACACCCACACACAGCAUAUACACACACACUAUAUAUACCCACACACACAGUAUAUAUCCACACACACACAGUAUAUACCCACACACACACAGUAUAUACCCACACACACAAUAUAUAUACACAAACAUAAUAUAUACCCACAAACACAGCAUAUACCCACACACAGCAUAUACACACACACAGUAUAUAUACCCACACACACAGUAUAUAUCCACACACGCACAGUAUAUACCCACACACAGCAUAUACACACACACACAGUAUAUAUACACACAAACACAGUAUAUACCCUCAAACACAGUAUGUACCCACACACAGCAUAUACACACACACAGUAUAUAUACCCACACACGCACAGUAUAUACCCACACACAGCAUACACACACACACACACACACACACAGUAUAUACCCACACACACAGUAUAUAUCCACACACACAGUAUAUUUACAUACAUACAGUAUAUAUCCACACACACAGUAUAUAUACCCACACGCACAGUAUAUAUCCACACACACACAGUAUAUUUACAUACAUACAUAUAAACUAAGAACUGUUCCAGACUGGCCAUGGAUUAAAUACCCUACAUACCUAACCUACUGCCCAGUAUGAGAAUUUGCUCAGGUUGUGUUUUUGGUCUGAGUCGUGUAAUUCUCUAGUCACUCCCAAUGUGGAUUGUCUGGAAUUAAACCAGGAACUGCUAUAAAGCUGGGCUGGAAACAGUCCAUUAGAAAAACAAAAACGGUUAUUUUGGUCUUCCGGGGCAAAUCCACUAAACAGCGAAUUGGGAACAGACUUGCCCCGGAUUAUGGUGACUGUUCCUGCUCAAUCAUCUAUUUCAUGUACAUCAUAUCAGUUUACUGCACUGACAAUCCUUUAAAUAAACAUUAUGACAAGAAAAAGAUAACAAAUACAUUAUUAUUAUUAUUAUUAUUAUGUCAUUUAUAUAGCGCCAUCAAAUUUCGCAGCGCUAUACAAUGGGUGGACAAACAGAUGUAUUUGUAACCAGACAAGUUGGACACACAGGAACAGAGGGGUUGAGGGCCCUGCUCAAUGAGCUUACAUGAGGGAGUGGGGUAAAAUGACACAAAAAGGUAAGGAUAGUAUUAGACUAAUGACAGUUGCCGAAGAGGAAUCAGUCGGGAGCUAUUAACGAAUUUAAUUGAUACGCUUUUAUGAAGAAGUGUGUUUUUAACGAUUUUUUGAAGGAGUGGAGACUGGGUGAGCAUCUAACGGAUGAGGGAAGCGAGUUCCACAGGUACAGUGCAGCCCUCAAGAAAUCUUGAAGGCGAGCAUCAGAGGUGGGAGUGCGGACAGAAGAUAGACGUAAGUCUUCAGCAGAUUGUAAGGGUCUAGACGGGACAUACUUGUGUAUAAGGGAGGAUAGAUAGGUGGGAGCAGCAUUAUGUAGCGAUUUGAAAGCAAGAACCAGAAUUUUAAAUUGAGCUCUAUAUUUUAUAGGAAGCCAAUGUAGGGACUGACAGAAGGGUGAGGCAUGGGAGGUGCGGGCGGACAGGAAGAUGAGCCUUGCCGCCGCAUUCAUUAUGGACUGUAACGGCGUAAGUUGGGAGCACGUAAGACCACUGAGAAGCGGAUUACAGUAGUCAAGGCGAGAAAGGACAGUGGAAUGGACCAACACCUUAGUCGCAUCUGACGUUAAGUAGGAGCGGAUGCGUGCAAUGUUUUUGAGAUGGAAAUGACAGGAUUUGGUCAAUAGACUGAACAUGAGGCUUGAAGGAGAGGUUGGAGUCAAAGAGAACACCUAGGCAGCGAGCCUGCAUGGUGGAGCUGAUAGUAGCACCGUUGACUUGGAGACAGACAGACACAGGAGUAACAACACAUGAGGGAGGAAAGACCAGAAUUGCAGUUUUGUUUAAGUUUACUUUAAGGAAGUGGGCAGCCAUCCAGUUAGAAAUAGCAGAGAGGCAGUCAGAGACACUAGUCAAGAGGGACGGGGAGAGAUCAGGAGAGGACGGGUAGAUUUGCGUUGUUAGCAUAGAAAUUUAUAUUGGAAGCCAAAGGAGCUAAUGAGUUUACCAAGGGAGGCAGUAUAGAUGGAGAACAGUAGGGGACCAAGGACUGAACCUUCGGGGACACCAACAGAAAGGAGUUGGGGAGAAGAAGCAGAGCCAGAGAAAAAAAAAACACUGCAAGAGUGCUGGGAGAGGAAGGAGGAGCACCAGGAGAGAGCAAUAUCUUGUAGACCACACAUAAUGCAGGUCCACACAUUCUAAGAAUCAGCGGAACCUGAUCCUUUUCCAGUGCAGCUAUUUUUGGCUCAGUUCACUAAAAUUCACUAUUUAAAGAAUAAUCAAUUUGCCUGGCAGCGGUUGCUUUGUGGGUGCUAUAUAGCCCUUGCUCUCAGUCCUAUAGAAAGCUGGUCCACAUGGGCAGAAUGGACAGCUAUGUUUAUCAUACUUGUUAACGUAAAACCCAUAAAAUCUACAGCCCUUAAUUGCUGUGAGAUUAUUUGCCAGUUUACACUGAUUAGUGCAUUCAUUUCACUUAUCACUCAUUACGUGCUUGAAUAAACAAGCACAGGUCAGAGUUGCCUUUAUAGGAAGAAUGGGUUCAAGGCUUGUUAUAGGGUCACUCCUGUAUAUUUUACAUAGACUUACUGGCAUUAGAUUAAGGGUGUUUCACAGAAACACCUGGGGUCGAUUCUCUAGGAAGAAUUGUGGAGAAUUGACAAGGGAAUAGCAAAGUUUAGGUAAAAAAAGCUGACGUGAGAAAAAUAUUCUCUAGUUUUAUUAUAUGUAAAUAUUAUUGACAAGGGAUCGCAAAAUUCAGUCCAAACUAUCCGAGUUAUUUGGGUUGUUUAAGGUUAAAUGUUGCAGUUUUGUUUGUCAAGUCUCUCAAUUCUUGGUUUUCCAAAUGACCUUCAUAGAGUAGAGGUCAUGGUAUAGCCUGGGAGCUUGGUUUGGGCCUCCAUCUUUUGAAAUUCACUUCCAUUUUUGAUUUUGCCUACAGAUCAACAAGAUCUUUCACCAUUGCUUUAUAUAUACAGUUGCAAGAAAAAGUAUGUGAACCCUUUGGAAUGAUAUGGAUUUCUGCACAAAUUGGCCAUAAAAUGUGAUCUGAUCAUCAUCUAAGUCACAACAAUAGACAAUCACAGUCUGCUUAAACUAAUAACACACAAAGAAUGAAAUGUUGCCAUGUUUUUAUUGAACACACCAUGUAAACAUUCACAGUGCAGGUGGAAAAAGUAUGUGAACCCCUAGACUAAUGACAUCUCCAAGAGCUAAUUGGAGUGAGAUGUCAGCCAACUGAAGUCCAAUCAAUGAGAUGAGAUUGGAGGUGUUGGUUACAGCUGCCCUGCCCUAUAAAAAACACACACCAGUUCUGGGUUUGCUUUUCACAGGAAGCAUUGUCUGAUGUGAAUGAUGCCUCACACAAAAGAUCUCUCAGAAGACCUACGAUUAAGAAUUGUUGACUUGCAUAAAGCUGGAAAGGGUUAUAAAAGUAUCUCCAAAAGCCUUGCUGUUUAUCAGUCCACGGUAAGACAAAUUGUCUAUAAAUGCAGAAAGUUCAGCACUGCUGCUACUCUCCUUAGGAGUGGCUGUCCUGUAAAGAUGACUGCAAGAGCACAGCGCAGACUGCUCAAUGAGGUGAAGAAGAAUCCUAGAGUGCCAGCUAAAGACUUACAAAUGUCACUGGCAAAUGCUAACAUCCCUGUUAGCAAAUCUACAAUACGUAAAACACUAAACAAGAAUGCAUUUCAUGGGAGGAUACCACAGUGGAAGCCACUGCUGUCCAAACAAAACAUUGCUGCACGUUUACAGUUUGCACAAGAGCACCUGGAUGUUCCACAGCAGUACCGGUAAAAUAUUCUGUGGACAGAUGAAACCAAAGUUGAGUUGUUUGGAAGAAACACACAACACUAUGUGUGGCGAAAAAAAGGCACAGCACACCAACAUCAAAACCUCAUCCCAACUGUGAAGUAUGGUGGUGGGGGCAUCAUGGUUUGGGGCUGCUUUGCUGCGUCAGGGCCUGGACGGAUUGCUAUCAUCGAAGGAAAAAUGAAUUCCCAAGUUUAUCAAGACAUUUUGCAGGAGAACUUAAGGCCAUCUGUCUACCAGCUGAAGCUCAACAGAAGAUGGGUGUUGCAACAGGACAAUGACCCAAAGCAUAGAAGUAAAUCAACAACAGAAUGGCUUAAACAGAAGAAAAUACGCCUUCUGAAGUGGCCCAGUCAGAGUCCUGACCUCAACCCGAUUAAGAUGCUGUGGCAUGACCUCAAGAAAGCGAUUCACACCAGACAUCCCAAGAAAAUUGCUGAACUGAAACAGUUAUGUAAAGAGGAAUGGUAAAGAAUUACUCCUGGAUACACAUUGGUCACUUUCGGUAAAUAGUGGAUAUUACACAUUGGUCUGUCUCUGUAAACCGUUAGUGGAUAUUACUCAUUGGUCGGUCUUGGUAAACCGUUAGUAGAUAUUACAUAUUGGUCACUCUCUGUAAAUAGUGGAUAUUAUACAUUGGUCGCUCCUGGUAAACCGUUAGUGGAUGUUACACAUUGGUCACUCUCUGUAAACAGUUACUGGAUAUUACACAUUGGUCAAUCUCGGUAAACAGUUAACGGCUAUUACACAUUGGUCACUCUCACUAAACAGUUAGGGGAUAUUACACAUUGGUCAGUCUCGGUAAAACGUUAGUGGAUAUUACACAUUGGUCACUCUCGGUAAAUAAUGGAUAUUAUACAUUGGUCACUCCCAGUAAACCGUUAGUGGAUAUUACACAUUGGUCACUCUCAGUAAAUAGUGGAUAUUAUACAUUGGUUACUCUUGGUAAAUAGUGGAUAUUAUACAUUGGCCACUCCCGGUAAAUAGUGGAUAUUACACAUUGGUCACUGCCGGUAAACUGUUAGUGGAUAUUACAUAUUGGUCACUCUCUGUAAAUAGUGAAUAUUAUACAUUGGUUACUCCCGGUAAACAGGUAGUGGAUAUUACACAUUGGUCACUCACUUGAUUGCAACUCUUAUAUUUGUAGGGCCCUUCUAACUAGAGACAUCACUGCUGGCUAUGCAUUAAUUAAUAACUUGGCUCACUGUGUGGCAAUGCCAAGACAGGAGGUGCUGUGAGGUCAUGUCCAGGUAUCAGCGGCCAGUCAGACAUGCAGAGAGUAUUUGUAAAGGGCUUCAGAAGUAACCAUUUGCUCCUUGCUUGUUAGUCAAGGGUAGUUGUAAAACAAUGUCAAACAAGUCUUGGAGUAAUGUCUAACUAAGGUCUGCUGGGUUCACUCACUCAGACAUUACAGAUAUUACGCAAAAAGGCAAAGUUGAAAAAUAGAUUUACUACAGACUGUUUUUUCCUAUUCUUAAAAUUAUUUCCUAUUCUUAAAAUUAUUUUUUUAAGGGUCAAUUUUAUCCCAAUCUAAAUUUUACAAAUUCAUAAUCUAAUCUCCACAAGAGAAGAAAUUGUAGUGAUAAUGACCUAUAUAUUUUACUAUACGGGGACCUUGUAGGCCUUCUCCACAGUCUGAGCAUUCUGUAUCUUUGCAUCGGUUUGCUCCCUCAGGAAUCUUCAAUGCACCUCCAAUAACUAAUUACAUCCAUCUGACCUUUUGCCCUCCUAAUACUCCUCCUUAUACGCACAAAAGGACCAAUCAACUUCAAACCUUGGGGAGGAGUAAACCACAUGACAACUUCUCAAGAUGGCAGCUCGCUGGCAUGGAAUAAGAUGUUUUGUAUCGACAAGUAAAACUGCAAAUAACAUGACAUACGUUUACUUUAUUUAUUGUAAAGAAACUUGUAAAAAAAAUACACAUCAGUAGUUGAUUAAAAUAAAGAGAAAUUAAAAACAUGUGUAAAAGACACACUCACCAAGAACAGACAACAGCUUUGCAGUUUGCUGUAUGGGUACGAGACUGAUAGGAGUAUUAGCUUUAGGCCUGCGGCUCAGCUCCCUAGCGGAAGGGAAGAGAGCUCAGCUCAAGCUGUGCAUGAGGUGUGCAUACACAACACACACAAGUCUGACAACUGACACCACGCAGUAGAAGCUACGCAUUCCAGUUGUCUUCCUGACUGCUGAUGGGCAAGCGUAGAGCUGAGGUGACAUAACAAAUGUCUGCAGUCUUGGUCAAUCUCAGAGUAGGGUCAGCUUGGCAAUUGUGAAAAGUUGUGAAGGUGCUUCGAGUGAUCUUUAAUAAUGUACUGAGGCCAUAUGCCAGUUAAACUAGCUAGAUUAGAUAACGUACGGCAUUCAAUGUAAAAAAGCCACCUUCAUUUCUAAAACUAAACCUUUUCUGUACACAUAAAGCAUACUUAGCCCAACAACAGGCUUCCUCCCUGCAAUAAUACAGAUUACAAGAUGUCCCACGCUUUGUAGUUUAUAACUCUGUGAUGGGGCUUCGAGUGCAGUGUCUGUGUGUGGGGUGCAGUGUGUGAGGGGAGCAGAGUAUGAUUGUGUAGGAUGCAGUGCGUGCGAGGAGCGCAGUGUGUGUGCAAGGGGUACAGUGUAUGUGUGUAUAUGUGUGGGGGUGCUGUGUGUGUGUGUAUCUGUGAGGGGUGCAGUGAGUGUGUGUGAUGGGUUCAGUGAGUGUGUGUGAGGGGUUGUCUGUGUGUGGGGUGCAGUGUGUGAGGCAGUUAUUUAAUGUUAGUAAUAUUCUACACAAUCUACUUGUGACUCAUCUGCAACUUAUUUCCUAUUCUUAAAAUUAUUUUUUUUAAGGGUCAAUUUUAUCCCACAUAGUCCCUUUAAACUGGUUUAUUCAAUUUAUAUAUGCAUGUCAAUCAGUAUUUAUUUUAAUUAACUCUGUAAAAUGGCAUAAUAUCCUAUUUGUGACAUUCUAAAUCAAAGUGAUCCUGAUGGUUUGAGUAUUUCUGCAGCCAAUAUAUACAUUUCACAUAAAUGUUAUAUACAGGUAAGUCCCCGUACAUAACAUCCUGUGUCAUUAUUCAAACAGGUGACCUGCUGGGGCCACCGCGUAGACAAUAUUUUUAAGGUAGUUUAUUACAUUUGAAGUUUACUGAUCUUUCUACAAAUGUAUCCAGACAUUCCAUCAAAAAUCAGUCCGAAUAUCCUGAAAGGGAGCUGAACAGCUCGGGCACGGAUUUCACAGUUGCUAUUAAAUUAUUUGGUGAAGCCAGUAGACAAAAUGGUUAAUACAUUAAAGACAACUGCCAUCACAUUUACGCUUUACCUUUAUUGAACAUUUAUUACAUUUAAUAAAACUUCAGGAUAGUCAAAUUUUCUCAAAAAAAUACAUUGAUUUUUGAGGAAUUGUUUUUCACACAUUUUAGCAAAAUAUUGUCCAAGUAAUUAAAAAUGUGCAAAAUGAGUGUUUAGCAUUAAGUUUAGCAUUAAGAGCUGGCCCGGGCCCUUUUCGUUUAUCGGAGGAUUUAUUUAAAUAAACUUACUUUUAUCUUCUGAGAACUUGCCUAAGCCGUUGUAAAUGAAAAAAAAAAAAAAAGAUAUAAAUCAAUCUAUUUCAGCGAAUCACCAAACACCCAAAUAAUGAUUCACUUAAUGGACACUUUAGUCUACAAUUAUCUCAUUUGUGACACCUUUCAUUGUCUCUCACUGGGAGACUUUUAUAGCGGACAUCACAAGAGCCUCCUACUCAGUUUAGUUUUGCCAAUAUUUAUAUUAUAAAUCCAGCAAAACCAGCUGCAGAUUUCAUGAUAAAACCCACACGCCCUGUGAGUAUGAGUGCGUGUAAUUCAUUCUUUGAAUGGGACCAUUUCCUUUUCAGUGGACCAGCGCCAAGUAUAGGCCACUAGAUUAUCAGGGAGGCAGAUGCUGAAGAAAUUAGCUCUCAGUCAUUAUAUAUCCUGUAAAGUCCUGCCAUACAGUCGAAUCGUGUAGUGGGCUCAAAUAAAACGCAAUAAAGAGUGACAAUCAUAUUCUAAUAAAGGAAUCCAAACGUUGCAGAUUCGAAAGCAGAGAUUACACUUCUACUGCUGCCCAUUGCCAGAUCUAGGUUGGUACCCAUUGUACAGCGCUACAGAAUCUGCUGGCGCUAUAUAAAUAAUAAAAUAAUAAUAAUAAUAGUGAACAGGCUGAUUCUAAACUGAAUUGGGGCAAGUGGUGUGGCGAGAGGAAAGUAGAAGCGCAGUCACUUCCUGUUCAGUACUUGGGGAGAAGGCCUGAAGGAUAGGAAAGGCAUGUUCUAAAUGAGAGAGAGAAGAGUGAAGCACAAAUUCUUUCCUUACCUGCUCAAUCAUGUCAGUAAAAUAGCAUCCAAAGCUAUUGGCUGAAAGGUUAGUAUGGUUGGUGGCCAUGGCAGGGUGAAGAAGAGUGUUGAAUGUAUCAAAGAGACGCCUGGAAUUGUGAGUAUAACCUAAUGAGAGAGGAAAAGUAAGAUUGUUUAGCAAGGAUAAAUGCAUGUAUGAAUGCAAGAUACAUUUAUAAUGGAGAAAGUUGGACAAGGCGCGAGACUUCCUCCAGCAGUGUUCAUCUGAAUGGGAGCAUCUCUUUCCGUAGCCGGUUGAUUUAGUGUGCCAUGGCUGGAGGCAUGUCUACCUUGAGGUUUAUGUUUGGAACGGGGUUGCAGUGUCCAGGAUAGAGGUGAGGGUGGCAUUAUAUAAGGAGAUAGCCAGAGGGAGACAAGAGAAGGUAGGGAUGGAUGAGAGUUAAGAAAGGACAUCAGAUGACAAUUGCUGGAGGUCAAGAGAAUUCAGGUUCCCCUUCAGUUUAGAAGGGUAAGGUUGAGAGAAGGCUAAGGUUGAGAAUGUUUGGUGAGGGGGCUCUCAAGAACAAAUGAUAAGAGGUGGUGAUCUGAGAAACGAAAUGGAGUGUUACAGAGAUUAGAGAUCGUGCAUGCAGCUGAAAAUUUCAAUCACACACACAUCUGUUUCUGUUACUGAUGCAAAAGAUGGCAAAAAACUCAGUUUGAAACCGUUUCCAAUUUGCCACAAACAGGGAAACAAUAUCCUCCUUAAUUCCAAAAUGGCAAUUGGAAAUCUCUUUGGAUCAGCACACUGUUACCACUUACAUUAAUUAUUGUACCCCUUAAUAUUGUGUUAUUCUAACCCAAAAAUCAUCCAUCCCUUUUUUAAAACCCCCACAUUUGGAAUAAUCAUAAAAUUAAGAGGAUGUUAACAAGGUCAUCAUGGUGGUUUCAGGUACAGCAGGUCUAAAGUACUAGAUAGUAUUAGGGGACACAUUGUAACCAUGCCCCACCGCCCACAAUGUAAUGACUAGACACUAUGUAUCCACCUACAGAUUCCAGGCCACAAGGGGCAAGCAGUGUUUGAAUGAACAUAAUUCCUCUAUGUGGAUAGAAAGUCAUUGACCGGAUAGUAGGACCACGGAGUGGACUAUGCAGCACACAUUGCUGUGUUACUGAGCCACUAGGAAAACAGGACAAAUGACCCCAAGUCUCCGUAGUCACAAGAGCCGGGGCAACAAUUACAGUGAGAGAGGCUACCAAUACCUUGAUUACAAUGUUAGAUGAGUAAGAGUGUAUGGAAAGCUGAAGGUUUACACAAAAAUCAUCACAAACGGAUAAUGUAAUCAUUGCCCAGCUGUGUGCACUUGUAAAGUUGUUAUAAUCCCCCUCCUUGCUAUAAACAGGAAAGUACAUAUUAUGAAGUUACAGACCUGCAUUCACAAAUAAUAAAACUCCCUCUUUGUCCAAGCCAAGUCCCCUUACGCUGGAACUAAAAUCCUAUUUUGUUCCCCCCCAAAUAUUGGCCAUAGUCGGUGGUAUAAUUUAAUGGCCCGGCAGAAAAGCGAGUGCUUCGUGUGCAACGGACUGAACGGCUAACUCCAUACAGAUUUCAAUAUUAUUAUUAUGCUUUUUGUUUAUAAGCACACAUAGCUUCAGCAUGGUCCAGAUGUCAGACCACCAGUAACUAUUAUAUUGUGCGUAUGUGUACAUAGACAGUACUGCAAAACAGAACAGCUUGAGGAACUGCAAUCCAAGCACUGCUGAAGAACCUCUUUGCGUAGCGAGCGGAUAACAUUGUUUUACCUAAUAAAAUCAGAAUAUAAAUCUUAAUUUAUUAAAUUGUAUCUAUUUAUUGAAGAUUCAGCAGUCGAAGGCUAUUCUCACAUGUCAGACAGAUAGUGUCACAGUUCACUGUCCACUGCCCCAGGAAGCAUCCUAAAGACAAAAUAAGAGAUAUAUGAAAUGAAUAAUGCAGAUUAUAUAUUACCUUAAGUAAACGCAGAAGGAUAGUACAGGGCAGCAGUUCCUGAAAAGCUGCAUCUUACAUUGUGGAAUUAGAUUCAAUGCACACCACAGCAGUUGUUUUAACAUAUAUUUAACAGUUUACACAAAACCAGGUUAAAGAGCUCACAUUUUACAAAUCUACUUAAAAUGACCUCUCUUAGCAAACAAAUAUGUGGAUUGAGUUCCACUAUAUGGCCAUAUGGUGUAAAGCCCAGCAGUACUCCACAGUACCCCAAUAUCGGUGGGUCCUACAUUAAGAUAGGUUAUGUUAAGUACCCUUGACCCAUAGUAAAAUGAAAAACUGUAUUCUUGUGUGUGCUGUUUCUUAAUCUGUAUUUUAUAUAAAUGUUGUUCUCUACUGCACCACCAAUGUUGAGAAAUGCAUGUUCCGGGUAAACUCACAAUUCCCAUUUUCUCAGUAUCCAAGAGUUUAAAGGCCGAAACGUUUAAUGACCCCCGACUUUACCGGAUUUAGUCCAGACUAAUCAAGCUGGAAAUAUAGCCAAGAUGGAGAAUUUUUGUCUUUCCUAAUUCAUCCUCAAAUAUAAAAUUAAAUGGUUAAUUCCAGACUAUUUACAAGCGUUCACUAAAAAACGAAAUGUAAUAAAUUGAAUUGCAAAGUUUAGGCAACAAUAGAGGAUUCGAGGAAAACAAAAUCCGCAACUCAUUUAUAGCCACAGCCUGUUUAUUUCGCAAUUUGCUUAAAUGUCACUUCAAAUCAGUUUUUAGCAAAUAAGCCUCUAAACAGUGACUUUAUAGCAGUUCACCUCAUAGUGAGAGAAGUGAAGAGAAUUGACAUGGAAACCCCAAGUCUGAAGCACAAUGAGCUGAGUUGGAGAUUCUUACAAUUCUGGCCUAGAAUGAGCAAUUCUCUUGUCAGUUAUUCGCUGUUUAGAAAGUAAAUCCUUAAUACUAACACCUCUGUAAAAGCCAGAUCCUUUCUUUCUUUCUACCUAGUAUUACUAAGAGACUAAAAAGGCCAGAAUCAGACCCAAAACGCACAGCACAUUUGAGCCUCUUUGAGAAAUGCCACAUUUGCAAGUUUCUCUGUAGCAAUGUAAAGCAGAUACUGUUUUCGCUUACUGAGUGCUGCCGAUUCUUGUGAGUUAACAGUGUGAAUGGUGGACGUGAUAUUUCAAACAGCAGAUCACUGAGUUUAUGUAUUGGGUGCCCGGAAAUUUUUCCAAAUAAACACAGCUUGAUUCAACUUGGGUGGGCAGGCUUAUCAACAGACUAAUUUUACAAACAAAUGAAAGAAGAACCUAAAGACCCAUUGGCUGGUACCAGAAAAGACACGUGGAGCAAACUGCAGAGGGCUUUUUCCUCCUCUUUCUUUGCAAUGAAAUUUUAAUUAAUGUGGGUGGGCUGAGAAUUGGAUGACUGUUUAUUAUAGACAAUUUAUUUUCCAGCGCUAAGUCAACAUAAAAUAGCAAACGUACAACAAUUAUUUAACAUUUUUAAACUAUGAAGAAGGGACACAGAGAGAGCAGGCUGUGGAGAGGAGAGUGGUGGGGUCCAGCUCUCACACAGCUCUCCUGAACUUCAGCAGAUCUCAGCGUCUUAUUUCUGUAACUGUGUCCAGCCUUCUCCUGCAGAUCGAACGAUGAACCGAAUUUACAACAACCCCCUACCUCAAAUCGCAAGUGAAUUGCACAGAUCACCUCUGGUCUACCUGUAUGGGGGAGACAGGACACUGAUGUCCAACCUGGGGUUUGCUUCAACAAAUAUGCUCUCCAGACAAGACCCUCCCCAGAAACCACCCUACAGCUACAUUGCAUUGAUAGCCAUGGCGAUUAAGGACUCUCCUGACCAUAGAGUGACUCUCAAUGGCAUCUACCAGUUCAUUAUGGAGAGGUUUCCCUUCUACCAUGACAAUAAGCAGGGCUGGCAGAACUCGAUAAGACACAAUCUGUCCCUCAAUGACUGCUUUGUUAAAGUACCAAGAGAAAGGGAAAAGCCUGGAAAAGGAAGUUACUGGACACUGGACCCCAAGUGUCUGGAUAUGUUUGAAAACGGUAAUUUCCGACGCCGGAAGAGGAAGCCCAAACUCCUAUUGUCUCCUGAGGAUAAAAGAUAUAAAGCAGAACCCUGUGACAGCAACGUGUGUGGGGUGGGGGAAGCCAGGGAACCAGAACCUGCUGGUAACAAUGCAGUCAUGAGUGGGAUAGCUCUGGAACCUGAUGCUCAGCUCUCUGAAGCUACCACUGAAGGACAUCCAAGCUCUGGGUGUGAUGAGGACCCUGGUCUGGAGAUGUCUUCUGAUGAGGACGGUGACCCCAUGGAAACCACCAAUGUUCCAUCAGGUCAGGAUUCCAAUCACCCACGAGUGACCUCUGUCCAUUGGAACAGAUCACAUCCACCUUCAGUUUCCUUAUCUGCAGCAAGCUUGCAGGAAAGGGGUCUCUUACUCAACAAGGAGGAAGAAGAAACCACCAGCAAUCUGGAUUGUGGUGUUGGGAGUGAAAGUACGAUGGAGAGGCAGAUUUCUUCUAUGGCACAGAAAAGUUUAGAAGACACCAGCCAGGACGUGGCAAGACCAGGAACUUCAGACUGCAGCUUAAAGACCACCAACCAAAAAAUCCAGAACCCACCCAAAAUCUUCAGCAUAGACAGCAUCCUGUCCAAUAAGCGGGUGUCAGGAUCUAAGGAGUGUGCCCAGGACAGGGCUAGUGUCCUCACAGGUAUAUCUAAGGUGACUAUGGACGGGCUACCUGCUAGUUACACAUUCCGCUCUCUGUUUCCAAAUCCCAAUGGGUGUCCUGUAUUCAAUGCCUCUCUAAUGAUUGAUUCCCAGGUGCAGGGCAGAUUUUACCAAUUAGGGGUGCCUGUGUUUUCUUAUCUCCCUCUAGCCUUGCCAGAUACGGGUUAUUCCCAGUAAAAGAUUUUCCUAAAAAGUUUCCUAUAUGAGUCUACAUUUUUUUUAACCUUGAAUUAAAUCGUUCACAUCCACCUGUGUUAGAAUCUAUCCUGCAUUUAUCUUAUCUGGAGAGGUAAUAUAACAAUUAAAUAAUAAUAAUAAUAAUAUUGCUAUUUUUUAGAAAACAUGUAUUGCAUUGUAAUGUUCAUAAUAGUAAAUAGAUAUUUAACAGAAAAAAAACUCAUUACAAAAUACAAAUGUAUCUCCAUAAUAAUAAUUGUAUUAAAGGGCACUCCGUGAUCAGCGAAUUGAUAGUAAAUAUAGAGGUACACACACGCUCGCUUUAAAAACACGACUUUGCAUUAGAGAAAAACUGUAUUAAUCUGUAAAUCAGCUCAUGAUUUGUAACUUUGUUUUUAAAUAACGAAUUGGGGGUCAGAAUUGCAAGAAUUUAUUAUGUUUUAUCCAAUGAGAAGAAAACCACAUGUUUUUACUUUGUUUAUUAAGACAAUAUACGAGAGGUCAUGUUUUAUUAACUCGAACUGAAGAAUAAACCACCGAUUCAAUAUAUAUAUAUAAUGCAAUCCAGUGUUUGUGGUUAAUUUACCCCAAUCUCCAUCCUGUGUGUAUUUAAUGGCAGGGGCUGGGAGGGUUACAAUGUAUCAGACUGGAUCUCUAUGUAGGAACCAUUCCAAUCACACAGCAUUGCAGGAGUUAAUAAGGGCUGUCUGAGAAGUCCAUUUCCCACAGUGUCCCACUGUCUGGGGUCAUUCUGAAGCUGGGAAUGUGGGAAACAGGGACAGUUAUAGGAUGGGUAUACAUGAACCCUGUAUCAUGUGAUAGGUCACACCAAGCCAAUCAAUAGAAUUAUUCACACCCAUAACUGCAGUAAAUACUGAUUAAAGGUGGGUAUUAUUCAUAUUCUCAGCCCUCUGUAUAUGUAACAUUGACAUAAUGUGGGAACUGCCAGGGAUUCUUAGAAUAUUCAGUGUCACAACUUUUAGGCCAAAAUAGUGAAACAAUUUCUGAUCUAAAAUGUGAAAAUUUACAUUCAGGGUUAUUCUGUAUAUGUUUUUAUAUUCAUCAGCUCAUCCACGCACGACGUAAAGAACAAUCCCUUUCAAUUUAUUGUAUAUAAAGGUAAAGAUUUUAGGAUCCUUCAUCAUUUUUUAAGGUUUUAUGUCCACCGUGUAACAACAUGUUUAACUACAAGUCUGGGAUGUAACUCCAAAAAUAAUAAAUGUCGUAAUGAAAGAAAGAAAAAUAAAUACAGAUAUAUAUGUUUGAGAAAGCAAAUGAUGAAAAUAUCAAUGGAUUUCUAAAACCAAUACAUUUUACAAAUCUGUAACUGCAUGUAUAUUCAGCUAGCAGUUUUUCUCAUUUUGUCAGAAAUUAACAGUUUCACAAAUGUUUUGAAACAAACUUUUAUUUUUCUAAAAAAAAAUAAUCAAUUUUAAGUAUACAAACCAUCAUGUUCUGUUUCUGUUUGUAGAUGUAAUUAUGGGAUUUUACUCAGCGUUUAUUCGCUAAACAGGGAAUUAUGGAGAAUUUACUAGGUAAUUGCAAAUUUUAGCUGAUGUGUAACCCCCCUCCCAGUCAGCGAUUUUCCAAGCUCAGUUUUUCAGGAGUAAGAAUUUGCCAUUCUUUUGACAAGCUUCCAUAAUUCCCAGUUUAGUGACUGCACAUCAUUAUAUUAUUAGGAUUUCUGGAUACUGAACUGUAGGCCUCAGGUUUAUGAUCCAUGUAAGAGGAAUACCAGCUACAUGUACCUACAUAUCUGACAUGUUAGUAAAUCGGUACUUGGCUGGAGUAAUAUCCCGCCCCUUGCUAUCGCUCCGGGUUUCUCCUGAAUAGGAAUUAAAUAAGCUUUAUUUAGAUCGCUGUAUACAUGUGUAUUUGCAUACAUAAAACACACUAUACAGGUAACGGCGGCAAUCCAUGGCUUGGUGCAUUAUUACCCAGCCACUCGUGGAUGUUUAUUAGAUAAAUCAUAGCGAUUGUAUUCAAAGAAAAUGUAAAAUUACAGCAGUCUGACAUUAGCAGCAACAUUUUCUGCAGCCCUUUAAGUAUUGUUUGAAAAAUAAUUGACAUACACAAUAAUACUGGCAGAGAAAGAGACGAAGAAGGCCCUGUUCAAACAAGUUUCCAAUGUGGGGAAACGAUGACCCCAGAAGUCACUGCUAUCAUUACGUGGAUUUGUAUAUUGGUGCAGAGACCAAUGGUGAGCAGCCAUUGAACACGUUAGCACAACGUUAUCUAUAUCCCUCUGUCUGUCUAUCGAAUAGAUUUUGCUACUAUGUUUACUUUAUGUUUGUAUUUCAGAUUUUUAUUUUAUUUUGGAUUAAUAAAUAACAUCUAAAUGUCAAAUGACUGUAUCCUCACCAUAUGUGUACAUAGCUGCUGUGACAAUUUCGAUCUCUGAUUUCACUGCACAGUGAGAUAGUCGAAGAAGCAUACUCAGUCCCUGGCUAGCCAGUAAAGGUGCCGACUAUUAUUAUUGUUAUUAUUAUUUUAAUAUUUAUAUAGCGCCAUCAGAUUCCGUAGCCCUGUACAAGGGGUGGACUAACAGACAUGUAAUUGUAACCAGACAACUGGACGUACAGGGACAGAGAGGUGGAGGGUCCUGCUCAAUGAGCGCACAUUCUAGAGGAUGCUUGUUUCCUAUGUCCCAAAAGCUAGUAGGGCUCCAUCUUUACGCUUAUGGUGUCUGAUGACUACAACGGUAAAAUGCCAAAACAAAUAAAAGAUCUGUAAACCUCCAGUUAAUUUUCCAGUAUCUUCAAAACAAACAACCAAAGACAUGAAUGUAAUGGACAGUCUUACAUACUGGUUUAUCAACAUCACUAUGUUUGGGUGGGAAGUUUAAAUAUAUUCGUGUUUAUAAAUGUGUAAUACAGGCUGUACAGAAACACAUCUCUUCCACUAGAACGUACAUUGUAAAUCGACACAGUGGUGGAAAUAUUGCAGAACGUGCUUACACUCAAACAAUGCUACAAAAACUGCGUCAUCAGGGUCUAAAUGUGCUGAUAAACUGGCUGUCUGAUUUUUGUGUGUACUUCAAAAACUUUCAAUUGCACAUAUAUAUUGAUGGACAGAGCUGGAAACAAGAAAAAUGAUAAUCUGUUGUUUUUUGGUAUAAUAUUUUAUAAAAUAAUACUGUUAGUGGUAUAUAUAUAUAUAUAUAUAUAUAUAUAUAUAUAUAUUUUAACAAACAGGUUAACGCAUGGGAUGGACUGUUUUUUCCAACCUAUUUUAAGUAUGAAUUAUCCUGGAAGAGAAGACUGACCCACCUGCUUGGAAACGGGUCAGAUUAUUGGGAGAUAACACUAUUAUUGGUGGCAGUGUUUUUCGGACAUGGUGCUUAGCAUUAUAUUAUUGAGCCAUUACCAUGGUUGUCCCUGGCACAGGGCAUUCCCCCAUGGUGUCAUUUUAGAUUGUGGUUUGUCAGUCCACCCAUUGUAAAGCGCUACUAAAUUUGUUAGCACUAUAUAAAUAUAAUAAUAAUAAUAAUAAUAAUAAUAAUAAUAAUAAUAAUAAUGUAAGCUCCAAUUAUCACCAUUCCAGGGAUAAGACAUUCUCACUGGGUUUCCAUUUGUUUUGCCGUAAUUUUAGACUCCUAUAGCUGAACCUUUGAUAUCUGUUGGGAUUAAUACUUACACAAAGCUUGCUUCUCUCUUCAGCAAAAUGACCAAUGCAAUGCAUGUGUUUGGCUAUGGCAAUCUAAGAAAUGAGAUGAACUAGUGGUGUCUCUUUAAAGGAGUAGCUUAGGCAUUUCAACAUCAUAAUCACGGUGCCAUCUGACUAUUAGUGCUCCCCCACCCCACCCUAAUUAAACUGCUCUUGAUAGUUGUUUGACCAAAUUGGUGUCCUGAGGACUACCAUUGCCUGACCUCCUGCUCACCUAUUGAGAUUGUAGAAGUUCCACAUUUUCAUUCAUAUUUAGUGUUAUAAAUUGGGUGUUCACGCUCACCUAAUUAAUAGUACCAAAAUAUGGAUGAAAUUCUGCUAGUAUGGACAUUCCACUAGCUGAUUUUUUAUUCUUAGAAAAAUCAGGGUAGAGGGACAGGCCUCAGGCACAACUGGUUUAAGUAAAAAAAAAAAAAAUGGCACCACAACCAGUAUAUCGGCAAGUAUGGGUUAUGGUACCUGGACUGCUACUUUAACAUUAUAACUUUCUUUAAUAAUGAGGUUUUCAUAUGAGCUGUUGACUAACCCAGGAAUUAUGGGGAACUUUCAAAGGAAUUGCAAAUCUAAGGGAAAAUAGCAAAAAAUGGAUAAGAAAAAUGUUGGAGAAUUUUUCCAAUUCAGCCCAAUAUUUACCAUCACCCUGCAAUAGCGUACUAUAAUGGUGGACAAUAGGCCCUGGGUAUCAGGAGCUGGGGUAUGCAUGCACCUCUGCCCGGUAUACAAUUGGAGAGUGCCCAUGUUAGUGGAGGGGGCGUGAAUAAGAUGAACUGCUGUAUCUUCGCCUCUGUGGCCUCCAUGCACACCAUUCUCUGCAGACUAUCAGAGUAACAUGGCCAUUCUCAUCUUCUGCAGCUCCCAGAUCCCUGGCAUUGCAACAAUAACUAGUAAGGAGCACAGAGAAGGGUGGGGUGGGGGUGGAGAGACUUGGGCUGCAAAAGAGGGGUUAAAAUGCACAUAAAGGGUUAAACCAGGGGGUCAAGACAGAAUCCCGUUGUUGCCAAAUAGAGGUGUACCUCUGUCUCCUGGUCAAUUCAUGGAUAAACCAAACAAUAAAUAAAAUGCUGUGAUUUUUAGAUAAACAUUUUAUUACAGAACCUUAGAAUUCUUAAAUAUUUUAUACAUUGUCCUGUACUAUAAAAAAUUUAAUUAGAAAUUAAAACACAAUGGAAAAAAUUGGUGCAUAUUUAAAAAAAACUAAUCACAGCAUCACCGCAGACAUUCUGUUUCAGAAGUAGUAUUGUAUGUGUAGGAAAGCUUUUAUUAUAUAUAUUAAAAAACUAUUAGACACGUUAUGUAAUGACCGCCACCAUUCAUUUUACAUACAGCUUUAUAAACAGCUAAUAAAUGAUAUUGCAUGACUUUGUUUGACAGAAGCGAAUAUAGUCUUCUUUAAGGACCCGGUCUGCAGUUUAAUAAUCUAGACUGAAAGCAUAUAAAAGGAACAAAUACACAAUCAAUGCAUCAACAUGUAUUCAAAUUUCUUUACACUGCUUCCCUGGUGAGUAUAUUAAACAUGUUUAGUACAGUAGAAAUGUCAGUUUAAACGGAAUCCAAAUAUUGUCUCAUAGGUUAAUCCUUGCUAGCAAUCUCAUAGGAUUUUCUAUUAAUUCAACUAUUCAGAAAACAACAAAAUAAAAAAACAAAACAAUACUCAAAAUUAUUACAUGCCAUAUUUAGCGCUAUAGUAGAUCAUUUUAUAACACGAUUUAGCACGAUGUGUCCAUAUUUCAUUUAACUUAUUGCUGAGCAAAACACAGAAAUUGUCACUCCUUAACAACCAACAUGUCUCACUGGUGGUAACCAACAACGUAUUGUAGGAAAGAAUAUAUUUUUAUAGCAAGAUUUAUUUAUUUUUACUGGAAAAAAAAAGGACCAGAAUGUUUACAAAAAGAAAAACAGCCUCAAGUCAUAUAUAAAGAUCGUUUUCACAAUAUGAUUCAGCAUGCGGGUCAAUAGUUAAUAAAACAUUAUUAGAUUAUUUAAUUAAAACAGAAUUCCAAAAAAGUUUAUUCUAAAUUUAGCUAGGCAUAGUCAGCAGAAUCUUCCACACACUGCAAGUCAGGAAUGCACACACAACUAUUUUAUUAUUAUUAUUAUUAUUGUUAUUAAUAAAACAUGUUUAACCUUUUGAUUGCAUCCGGAAUAUGAAUGGAUCAAACUUUAAUUGGUAGUAGAACAAUUUUAUAUAAAAACGACUCUUUUUCCAAGAUUGUACAAGGUUUAAAAUGUGCCAGAACACAAAUUGGGCUUUUUUGUAUAAUCAUAGAUAAAUGCUAUAUUAAGUAAUAUGUGCUACAUUACCAGGUUACAUCUCAUUACCUUUACAUAGGACAGGAGAGGGAAAAACACUCCGGACUGGGCAUUUUUCAAUCAGUGAGAAGGGGGAAGGGCCAGACAGGGGCGGGUGUUUGCAGGGCUGGUGCAAGAAUUUCUGCCGCCCUAGGCAAAGAUCCAUUAUGCCGCCACCUCAUGUCACUCACUCACUGGUAGACACACACUGUCACACACACUUACUGAAAGACAUACACUCACUCACUGACAGACAGACAGACACAAACACACUGACAGACACACACACACCUUUGGGCGCCUGGAGGAUCGGCCCGGUGCUGGGGGAUGAGGGCAGCACACGCCCAGCUCUGCGGCCCAAGACAUGGGCAGCCCACCAGGCAAUUUCCGGAUGGGUGCCCCCUGCAGGCUGGCGCCCUAGGCGAAUGCUUAGUUUUCCUAAUGGUUGCGCUGGCCCUGGGUGUUUGGUUAUCAACAAUGACUAAUUCCCUCUACUCAGCCCCUCCCAGGGCCAUCUUUAAUAACGAAUGGACCCUGGGCAAGUGUUUGCUUGGGCCCCCUGUGCCCUGCCACUCUCGCCCCUCACUCCCUGGUAUGCAAUCACGGCAUCCAUCCCAACGCAGUGGCGGUACUAAAGUAGAAUGAAUUUUAUUGGGACCCCCAAUUGCAAGGUUGGACUAAAGGUAGAACCCCAUCUGUCGUGCAACUCCAACAAUGCUUUGACAGCUGGGACUCUACCAAUUUCCCAUGCUUGCAGGGUUGUAUUUAGCACUGAGCCAUGUUAGUAUGUUUGAAUGUAAGCAUGUGUUUGUAUGGAGUAUGUUUGUGUGAAUGUGUUUGUAUGUGGUACUGGAGUUUGAAUGCAAGUGUGCAUUUAUGUGUAGUGUUUGUUUUUGAAUGUAGGAGUGUGCUUGUAUGUAGUGUUGACGUUUCAAUGCAGGAGUGUGUUUUAUAUGUAGUGUUGAAGUUUGAAUGGAGGGGUGUAUUUGUAUUUAAAGUUGCGGCUCAGAUGCACAGGUACACACUCUGACGCACAAGCAGAUACACAGAUACAUACACUGACUACAUACAGAUAAACAGGCACAUACACUGACAGACACACUGACACAGGUACAUAUAUUGACACACACACAGACACAUACACUGGUAGACGUACUGACAGACAUACUGACACAGGCACAUAUACAGACAUACUGACACACAGACACAUAUACCGACAUACUGACACACACACACAGACACAUACACUGAUCAACAUACUGACACACAUACACUGACAGAAAUACUGACACCCACACACUGACAGAUAUACUGACACCCACAUACACUGAGAAAUACUGACACACACACACAGGCACAUACACUGACACACACAGACUGAUAUACUGACACACACACACACAGACAUACUGGCACACAGACAGAUAUACUGACACAUGCAUACACAUGCACUAACAGACAUACUGACGCACUGACAGACAUACUGACACAUACACAUACUGACACACACAGAUAUACACACACAUAUAUACUGACACACAGACAGACAUACUGACACACACACACAGACAUACUGACACACACACACACAUACACUAACACACACAUACACUAACACACAUACACUAACACACAAACACACACACACACACAUACACUAACACACAUACACACACUAACACACAUACACAAACACACACUAACACACAUACACUACACACACAAACACACAUAAACACACAUACAUACACUAACACACACAUACACUAACACACAAACACAUACACUAACACACACUAACACACAUACACUAACACACACAAACACACACAUACAUACACUAACACACACAUACACUAACACACAAACACUAACACACACAUAAACAAACACACACAUACACAAACACUAACACACACAUACACUAACACACAAACACACACAUACACUAACACACAAACACUAACACACACAUACACACACACACAAACACACACAUACACAAACACUAACACACACAUACACUAACACACAAACACACAUUUUUUUUUUAAAAAAUGUAAUCCCCCCAGCCUCCUUACCUUUUGGAGUGCUGGGGGGAUUCCCUGGGGUCCAGUGGUGCUGCUGGGCUCCUGGGCGGGUGGCCGGUCGGGCAGGAAGGCAGGCGCGCGAGGGAGCACUCACUGCUUCCUCUUCAGCUCCCUCGCGCGCCGCGUAGGGAUGCCGGCGCCGGAAGAUGGCGUCAUCUUCCGGCUCCGGCAUCAGUGCGGUGCGCGAGGGAGCUGAAGAGGAAGCAGUGAGUGCUCCCUCGCGCGCCCGCCUUCCUGCCCGACCGGCCACCCGCCCGCCGGGGUCACCGGGGCCCACGGGGCAGGUGCCUCGGGCCCCCCAAGAGAAAAUGGGCCCGGGGCAGCUGCCCCGUUUGCCCCGCGUUAAAGACGGCCCUGGCCCCUCCAUGUGUCCCAUUCCCUCCUCCCACAGCCCCUUCAUUAGUCCCAUUCCCUCCUCCCACAGCGCCUUCAUUUGUCCCAUUCCCUCCUUCCACAGCCCCUUCAUUUGUCCCAUUCCUGCGACCCCUGCAAUCAUGGUAAUUACGCCAGUGGGUAUAGUGUGUAUAUGGGCUGUAGUGUAUGUUGUAUAUGUGAUGUAGUGUGUGUAGGGGCUGUAGAGAGUGUGUUUGCGUAAUAAUAAACUUUCAAUCCCCCCUCUUGUUCUCACCUUUAACCAGGGACGCGGGACAUUGUAAACCCUGGUGGUCUGAUGGUACUUAGUGAACUCUAGCCUGCAGCUUCUCUGUGUAGAGUUCACUCUAGUGAGAUUUGGCACUGACGGAACAUUGCCAUGAUAACUGUGGCAACCUUUUGAGCUAGCAAGACCCCAGGUCCUUCUCUCACCUCUCCUUUCCCUUUGCCACAUGAAGUACCUGUGGGCCAGUGAGGGAGAUCUUUGAUAUGGGACACCACAGACUCUGCAUGGGCCAGCAGGAAAAAUUCUCUGAUCUCCUAUGUUGGCCUCGGCCCAUGAUCUUAGAAGCCCACUGGGCAUUUGCCUGGUUUACCCAAUGGCAAGUCCAGGCAUGCUUUAAACAAACAGCGAAACACUGACACCUAACAAAUUGGUGAACUAACUUCAUAAAAGAGGACACAUAACUUUACAUAAUGCUGAUGGCUAACACCUAGCAUUACACAGUGCAAGGACUCAAGUCAACUUUAAACAGUGCUUAGAACUCACACUUUGCUUCACACAAUGAGCAGUGCUCAAACCUAUCUUCACACAGUGCUACCUGGCUGGUGCACACCUAGCUUUAUACAAUGCACCUGUGUGCUCACACAAUGAGCAGUGCUCAAACCUAUCUUCACACAGUACUACCUGGCUGGUGUACACCUAGCUUUAUACAAUGCACCUGUGUGCUCACACAAUGAGCAGUGCUCAAACCUAUCUUCACACAGUGCUACCUGGCUGGUGCACACCUAGCUUUAUACAAUGCACCUGUGUGCUCACACAAUGAGCAGUGCUCAAACCUAUCUUCACACAGUGCUACCUGACUGGUGCACACCUAGCUUCACACACACACUCCAUUUGCAUGUUCAGCUUUAUUUAAUGGGGACCUCCGGGCACCACAACAACUUCAUCAGAAUGAAAGGGCUCCACUGUGACGUCUUUCAAGUCGUCGUGUGAAUAGGGUGCUACUCAUUGGCUUAAAGUGUCAGCUGAUGCAAAAAAAGCCAUCAAUGAUGCCCCUGUCUGAGGCUUUCUGAUUCAAGCCUCUGGAAAUAGUGUAAGGAGAGGGGCAGGGCUUACUGGUACUGGAUCCAAAUUGGGUUUAACUGUUAACACAUACCCAGUAAAGGUGAGCCGGCACCAGGGACAUCCUGGCACCAUAACAACUUAAUUCCUAUGAAUUGUUAUGGUGUCAAAAGGUUCCCUUUAAUGUGGUGUAUUUUAUCUAAUUUAUGGAAAAUAUUGGAACAAUUCCUAUCUAGCAUUAUAAUAUGUGUCCAUACCUUACGUCACACAACUCAGGCAACGUGUUUAUGGCUUCAUAUAAUAUCUGUGUACACAUUUCAGCAUAUCCAGCAAAGUGCUGACACCCACCAUCACUCACAUGUUAGGAGCCAAAUAUAUAUUUUCUCACGAGGACGAGUGUUCCCAUCAUGGUUUAUCCUCAAAUCAGAGUUUAUUGUUAACAUUCAGCUUAAAAAAAUGCAGAGCACAACAUCCAGUUUUCCACAACCAAUUUCUCAGAAUAAGUGCUUACACAUCGCACAAUAUUGGCCACAAAAUGUCUCACACCGAGGCUCAGAGCUAGUCCGACAUAUAUUCAUACUUUGCCUAGGCAUUACACAGAAUGCCUGAAUAACUUGCAGAAAAAUAGGAAUUAGACAAAAUACAAAUGUUAGAAACUGUUCUAAAAACGACAUAUAUGGAUUGCUUUAUAUUUUAGCUUUACGUUUAAUUAAAACAAAGUGUAAGAAUUUGGAACAUUGAAACAUUUCAAUAGCCCUCUCCUCCUCCACGUUAGAAGAAAAUAAAAAUGAUGCUCUAAUGGGAAGAAGACUUUUGUAAAAUCAAGGACAUUGUGACAAUCCGACCAUUCGAACUAUCACCUUAAACAAUGUUAUAUCUUGUUUUGCUAUGGCAUUGCGACCUAUUCACAGGAAGCUCAGCUCACCAUAGUAAUUAAUCUCCCACCAUUGUUGAUUCUUUAUAUCUUACAGUUAUAAGAAUUAGACACUUAAAAUAAAUACAAAUAAAGCAACGUAUCAUUUUGCAAAUGCUUUGGUGGGGGCUGAGAAAGUUUAGUGGGUUUAAUGCCAACCCAUAUUGGCUACCUGGUAUUUGUUAAAAUUCCACAUAUUUUCCAACCAAGUUCCUAGUGGCCUCCAGUGCUUUGUUUCUAAACGAGUUGUCUUACAGUUCGUUGUUUUUGGCUUACAAUUAGAAGGCUAACAGAUUUUGUUUGAAGUUUUUACUGAUGAAUGAGCUGCUAUAAAUAACUCAAACUGCAAAGAGUUUGGAAUAAUAACAGCAAUGGGAAUGAAGAAGAAUUUAUUACAGUACGAUAUGAAAUGGUUUAAUGGGCUUCAUGCCGUUAUGCUUAAUUUUUGCAGAUGUGAAAACAGAAAUACAAUUAUUUUAACAACUCUUACUGAGAAAAGUGUAGUUAAAGCACUCUCUAUUUACCAUACAGACUGAAGCCCAGCAAGGCAUACAUGAAGUCAUUUCUUCAGAACACGGGAAAAACGUUACCGACUUGAAAGUAAAAGUACCCCAUAUCUGCCCUCUGUUUACAAUGUGUCUAACUCAUAAGAAGAUCGGAGGACCACCUCGAACACCAAUGGCUUCAUGCUGGGGUAAAACUACGGAUCAGUCAUAA